AUGUCGCCGUAUUCACAGCUCAAGUCGCCGCCCAUGACGUCGACAUCCGAGCCAAACCUCGCCAAGGAACUGGACUGGAAGGCCGAGUACCUCGACAAAGAUGGCGUUCUGCGGCGAUCGAGUUGCGUGACACGCCGCAUGAUCCAGCGCGGCGCAUCGAUCAAAAACGCAAUGGACUUGACCACGGACGACCAAGCGCACACGUCGAUUAAAGCGCGGACUCUGGAGAAGCGCAAUAGCCGUCGAGCCACGAUGCAACUGGCCGCUGACGCCGAGCGCAAGCGUUCAGCCAACGCCUCACUCAAGUACCAGGGCAAGUUCAACAAGGAAAAGUGGCUGGAGGACGUCAACCUGCGCGCGGCCGAGCGCGUGGCCCGUCAGCACCAGCAGCAUAUGCAAGAAGUGGCGGAGCUCACCAACCUCGUGGACUUGACGGAGAACAACACGGCCAAGUCACCGUCACGAACCAACACUUACGUUGACGAGGAGGGGAACCUCCGUCGUCGAAUUUCCACCCCACCUGAAGUUCUUCAAGUAAACCAGGAGGGCUUUGUCCCAGCGCCAGAAACUCCACCGCCACCAGCCCCCACCACAGUUGAAGAACCACACGAAUACUGCUAA